AUGAUAUGUCAGGAGCUCCUGGAUUUUUGUAUUCUUAACACCAAACCACCUCUGUACACCGUCGGCGCCAUAAGAGUCGUUUGCUAUUUUUUCUCAUUUUACAUAAAUAUAUUGCGCAACGUUAAUCGUUCGCUGUCACGCAAGCAUAAAACAUUUGACGAUCUUGCUGACCUUUUAUCAAAGAUGUCAGGAUUAAUCAGCCAAGUGCACGUCCAAUACUUUUUUGUGUUUUUUGGACUUCGCUAUAACGAUCUCCAACUAAGGAAACGAGGACGGAUUUCAGCAGCCGUGGAAUUUGAUACAUUCGCAGCACUCCCUGAACACGCACAAGGAAAAAGCAGCGAUAACGGGAGGACAAUUAACUCUCGUCCAAUUAUUGGCGUGCUCACUCAAGAAACGGAUCGAAAUGUGACGAAAUUCGGUAGUCAAUUAAUUGCAGCCACUUACGUCAAGUUUAUCGAGUCUGCAGGAGGGAGAAUGGUCCCUAUUUUCAUUAACUCUACCGCUGAAGAAAUUGAAAAGUUGUUUUAUUCGAUUAAUGGUGCCAUAUAUCCUGGAGGCCAUAGGUCAUUACACCACACAAACUACACAAGAGUAGGGAAACAGAUCUUAGAGCUGUCAAUUAAGGCUUAUGAUGAAGGCGACAUCUUUCCGAUCUGGGGAGAAUGUCUGGGCUUAGAGUUGCUUUCAAUGCUAAUUGCUGGGAGAGAUUUUCGAAAGGGGCAAUUGGACCAAGAGUUUUUCAGCAAUGUCGAUGCAAACAAUGUCAGCCUGAAAUUAAUUCUUCCAAGAGAUUACGAAACAACUUCUUUGUGGAAAUUUGCUCCAAGAAACGUUGUGAAAUUCCUACAGAAUAACAAUGCAACAUUCAACAACCACAAGUUGGCCAUUACCCCACAGAAUUAUCGCAAGUACAGACGCCUGAAUGCCUUUUUUAGAAUUGUCUCUACCAGCAAAGAUCGCAAGGGCGUUGAAUUUAUUUCAGCUUUGGAAGGUAAGCGUUACCCAGUCUACCUUCUCCACUGGCACCCGGCUAAAUCCCAGUUUGAAUGGCGCAGAUAUCUGGACAUUAAUCACUCGCUUGCAGAAGUUGUGGCAGGCCAGUAUUUCGCAAAUUUCCUCGUUCAAAAAGCGCGCCACAGCACUCAUCGAUUUUCCAGUGAGGAGGAAGAGAGAGCAUCUUUGAUUUAUAACUACAAACCAACUGAUGUACAAGACUACUUGCCUUUUGUACAAGCUUACUUUUUUUAAGGUUACUUAACAACCCGCAGGAAUCCUGUAUAGAAAAGAACGCUUCAACGAACACCAGGCGACUAAACCACAAUUGCCUCCUACAAAACUUAACAAAACUUUUUCCUCUCUAUGCAUUUUUUCCACAUAAGUUAAACAAUACUAUAGCAUACAGAGAAUGUGAAUUUGAAUACUAUAGCAUACAGAGAAUGUGAAUUCUGGCUUCGAUACAAUUUCCUGGUACAAGGAGAUCAUCCUCAGUGGCCUUCUUGCGAAGUUCAACGAGACAAGGAAUAAGUGGACAGCGUUUAGUUCCAACCGUAAUUUUAUUCUGAAUCUUCUGUAGUAAUCGAUGCAAUCCUAGUCAGAAAGCCACAAAGGAUCCUUGUUUGUUUGUGAUCUUCUGCAACUGAGAGGUUUUCCAUUUGAACACUGCAUAUCAUUGCACAAAUACAAGCGAAAAGCACCUUAGACAAAGGAACGAAGUUCAAUACAAAUGAAUAAAGGCUGAUAGUUUCGAAAGAAACUGUUUGGGGCUGCGUUGGUGGG